CAGUAAAUAUAUAAAUAUAAUUUAUAUAAAACGUUUCACUCUUUGUGAUUGCGGCCGUUGCUAAUCGGUGCAGGGAGCGAGGAGAUAUAAACAGUAAAGUUAGAAACUGUGUUGUAUACAUAUAUACGUGUAUAUAGCAAAAUUAAACUCCUCGUACUCGCAAGCAGCGGAUAGAAAUGAUUGCCGAUAAAGUCAAAGUUAGCAACAAAACUGCACAGCACAGGGGAGAGACGAAGCCAAGAGCAGUGUAUAUACAUGAUAAAUACAAGCACCAAUAUAUGUACAGCGGCUAGUAUAUAAUAUGCCAUAAUUAACAAUACAAGAUGUGGGCAAAAUAUGUAUAUUAAAAUAAAAAUAUAAGAAAAUCCAAGUGAACACAUUUGCCGUAGUGAGUGUCGUAUUGUAUAAAAAAUAAUAUAUCUAAAUGCAAUGAAAAAAAAAAAACUAAAAACAAAUUCAAUAACGUUUCGUAAUUAAAGGAAACCGCAACAGUUUCGGUUCUUCGGCAAAGGCGAUAAGACAACGGGGUUGACGAGGCAUUUUUAAGUGUUCAAAUUUCUCCGAAGCGGCUAAUCAGCAUAAACACAAACAUCAGUGAAAGCAGUGAGAAAGUGACAUCAAACGUAGUGAAAUCGAAAAUAAAACUUAAAUAUUAACAUAAAUAGUGUCCUUUGACAUUAAUAAGAAUCGUGAUUAAUAAGAAUCGGCAAAAAAAAAAAAUAUAUAUAUUCUAAUAUAGUAUACGCAAACCCCAACAGCAAUAGCAUUGUAGCUACACAACAAUAGUCAAAAACGUAAUUUAUUUUUAUUUUCCUUUUUUACUUUUAUAUCGUGUAAAGAAAUUAAAUUGGCUAUAACACGAAAAAGGACACAAGUGUUGCAAGGGCAUGUUUAGUGUGAUCGAAAGUGCGGUUAAGUGUCGUCUAUGGCCGAAUCCGUUAACAGUCAAUCGCUCUCUGCAGUGACGGAGGGGCACGACGACAGCACCACCAUAGCUACCACGGCGCUAGCAACAACAACAACCACAACUAAAUCACGUAGUAGACAACUGAAGCAAAAGCAACGUUCAACACAACAAACACAAUAUAAUCGUCAUAAACAAAUCAAAUUACAAGAAUUCAAAACCAAUAAAAGCAACAACAAACAACAACUACAACAUACAACCAGUAGUACCGGAAGUGGUAGUGGUAGUGAUAUCGCUAAUACAAUAGCUCAACAGCAACAACAACUUCAUAAAACGUCGUUUAGUGUGAGUAGUUCAAAUAAGCGCGCUCAUAGCAAAAAUCGCUCGGCUGCAACAACAGGAACUGCAACUGGUAAUAGUAGCAACUUUAGCCGAAAGCGAUCGUCGUCACGAGGAGCCUUCAAUAGUAGCAGCACUACAGCUGAGGCUGCUUCAACCAGUGCAAUAAGUGCCACACGUAGUGACCGUAAACGUCACCACGAUCACCAGCAGCAACUAAAGUCCACCACAACUACAGCAACAGCGACAACCUCAUCACAACAAAAAAGCAAUAAAGAUUCAAGUUCACCACUUAAGAAGCGCCGUUAUCAUACUACUAACAUAUCUGCUAGCACAUCAACAACAACACUCCCAGCAACAACAGCGGCGCAUAACAAACCCUUUUUAGCAUCAACUACAUCCACAGAGGACUUAGGUGCUGGUAUUAAUUCAGGUGAUUGUGUUGCACAGCGGACACGCUCUAAGACACUCACCACAGAAGACACACACAACAUUGUUAGUGCUACUGGCAAUCAGAGCCAUAGACAUUCAUUUCCACUUGUAUCCGCAAAGAAGCAGACACGUCGCAGUGGGGGCACAAGUAUCGGGAGUGGCCUUAACAAAAGUAAUAGUAAAAGCAGUCAACACAUUGAGUCAGUGUUUACAGCAGCAGCAGCAGCAGCAACAGCAACAGCAACAGGAUCGCAACGCAACAGCAUUAGUGUGAGCAGUAGCAGCGGCAGCAGUAGCACCAGCACCGGCCAUACAAAAAGUAACUUACUAAAUUAUUUUCGAAAAACACGUAAAAUCAGUCACAGUCGUACUGCAGCGCUCAACAAACGAGGAACAGCACACUUCGCAGACGAUAGUGCCGAUAAUAGCAGCGAUAACAACCAGCAAAACCAACAACAAGAGAAGAAAAACCGUAAACUCAACACAAACGUUGAGAGAAAGAACAACAACCGAGCAAAUUCAAGGCAAAGUAAGAGUCUUCAAAGUAGCAACGCUCAUACCACUACAGCAACGUCUUCUGCGUUACGCAAAAGUGAAUGUGGUAGUGGUGAUAAGAGGCAGCAACAAAACCAAAAGCAAAGUACUCGCUCCUCCUUAUCAGUUGUAGGCAGUCGAAUCAAAUUAAAUACGAAAUCAACAGCAACAACAACAACUGCAAACGUUGACACAACAAACACAAACUCUCAACAUAGUCAGAGCGCAGCACCGUCAGCCACAGCUGUAGCUAGUAACGCAGAAGGGCCAUCGAGCAGUCGAACAACGACCGCUGGUGCUGUAGCUAGCGUCGACAGAUAUUGUAAAUAUCGUAAGAGUUUACGCAACUAUCAUCAGCUGAUUUCGUUUGUAAACGAUACAAACACUGGUAUUGGUAAUUCGUCUACUCCGAAUAACGCUUCAAACACAACGAAUACAAAUUUAAACGACGAGAGCGUUACAAACGAGAGUGUCUUUGCUGUUGGUGCCAUUAACGCCGCUGAAGUUGACGAUAACGAUAAUUCGGAAGAUAACAUUGAUAUCUACGACGAGGAUAACGAGGCGGCUGAUCUAGAGGACGAUUCGAUUGUAGCCGACAGUGACAUUGUUAUACGCGGCGACGGCGACAUUGACGACGAGGACGAAGAGGAAGACGUCGACGACGAAGACGACGAUAUCGACGACGAAGAGGAGGAAGACGACGACGAUAUCGUUGAAGAAGAGGAAGAGGACGAAGAACUAGCCACAGAGGAUUCUGAGGAAGCUGUUGAAGGUAACCGCUCAAAAGCUCCCGUUUGUGUAAAGUUUGUUGCUGUUAGUAGUAACAAGAGGAACCAAAAGCAGAGUAAUAAGAAGAGUCGAAAACGUCAAGUGCAAUUCGUACAGAAUCAAACAAGUGGCAAUAGUAAGAGCAGGCGCAAGAUCAGGAUUGAAAAGAACGUUGGCAGCAGCAGAGAGCGUUCAAAUCACAAAAAUAUUGGUAUUACUGAGACCGCUGCCACAAACGCAGUUACGACGACGGGCUACAAUAAGGCCCCGAAUCUGGGGGCACGACAGACGCGCAGUAGUGGUGGCAGCACAGAUUUUGUUGCUGGCGGUUUACCAGGCACAGCCACAAUUGCGGGUGGCAACAGAGGUGGCGCGUCCAUAUCAGGUGUAGCAGUAGCUGCAACAUUUGGACAACAGCCACAAUCACAAGCACAGCCACAGCAACAGCCGGCGUUGCCACAUCAUUCGCACUUGCAGAACCCACUACUUACACACUAUAACCAGCAGGCACCGCAACAGGUGGCAUCACAAGUAUUAUUAGCGCAUCAACAGGUGCCGCAGCAAUCGCAUUAUUUACACGUACCAGUUGCGGCCGGCGGUGCCCAUCACUAUUUUAACGCACAGACGAAUUAUCAGUCGCAGUUGCAGACGCAACACCAUAAUUUACAUCAGCAUCAUCAACCUCAUCAGCAACAUCAUCAUCAGCAUCAGCAACAACAAACACGCUUGCAACAAUUGCAAACGCAGUCGUCACAACAACAACAACACCAAAAUCAAAACCAGCACGCACAAACGCAACUGCAAUCUCAAGUGCAACAGCAACAACAACAACCCGUGCAUUUCUAUCACGCGACUUACCCGAACAACAGCGCAGUAGCAGCAACAACCGCGGCCGCUGCUGCAGUCGCUGCUUCAACCACAGCCAUAUUAAACUUGAAUCUUAAUCACUAUCAAUCAACAGGACCUGUCGCCGGAGCAGCAUCCAUAAGUACAGCACCGCUUAUCUAUCAACAACAACAACAACAGCAAGCACCAGUACCGCCACCACCACUGCCGCAAGCUUUGCAGCAGCAGCCACAAAUUCCACAACAACCACUGCAUCCACAACUUGGUGGACGAUAUAUCCAUUCAAAUCCCCAUCUGCACCAGCCGCAGCAACCACCAUCUGUCCCAGCACUACCGUUGCCGGUCGGCCACUUACAGGCAGAACCACCACAACCGUUACAUCGCAUUCCACAUUCAGCACCGCCACCGCCGCCGCCUACUGCUGCAUCAUCCGCGCGUCAUCACCAAGUACAUCCGGCCACUAUUGAUAUAGGAUUAGGCGCCGGGUUGGUUGUUGAUCGCUCGACUGCUACCACAGCCUCUUUUACGCCGCAUUUGAACGCACAAAUACCGCCACCACCGCACAGUUACGGGAGCAAUCGUACGGCGAUCGUUGCAGGAGUGGGUGGAGGAGGAUUCAAGACAUCGGCCAGUGCAUCGGGAGGAGCGGCUUUAGCGUCGGCAGCGACACCGUCACAUUCUUCACACUCGCUGAGGCGCAGUUUACGAAGCAAAACGGGUUCUUGCGUCAGUUCAGCAGCGCAACACGGCAGUGGCAGCGGGAGUGGAAGUGCAAGUGGCAAUGGGGCGGGUAGCGGCGGCCUUGGCGUACAUAAUGCUGCAGUUGUCACAGCGCCAACGCUAUUAGCAUCGUCGAGUGGUGGUGGUGGCGUUGGUGGUGCCAUACCAUUGACGGCGGCAUCUGCCAUUGGAAACCACCAACAAUAUAAUCUUCACCAUCCACAACACUCACUUGCCCCCACGCAUGCACAUCAUCACCACCAUCAUCAUCAUAACCAACUACAACAGCAAACAUUGCUGCACCAUCAACAACAACAGCAGCAACAACAACAACAACAACACCAUCAUCACAUGCUCCAUCAAACGGUUGCUGCGCCGGGUGGUGCGGUUGUUGUUGCUAUAGGCACAUCACAACAAAAUCAAAGCGUAUCAUUAAUGCAACAACAACAACAACAACAACAUAUGCAACAGCAGCAACAACAGCAACAGGCACACCAUCGUGCUCACAUUAUGCAGCCCGGUUUCCUCUAUAACUAUCGCGCCACUGCUACCAACGCGCAUACGAACGCCAUGACAUCGAGCCACUUCGUUGGUGCGUCGUCUGCGAGUGCUGCCGCCAUCGCCACCGCUAAUGCCAACUCUACCACCGCUGCUGCCAACACCGCCACCGCUAGCAUCGCCACUGUCGCAACGAAUAGUAGCCACAUAAAUUUGAAUGCGCAUAAUAAAGCGAGCGCUUCUGCGGAUGCGUUAAGCUAUAGUUUAAUGGCACAACAACCGUCUAGUGGACCGCCGAACACUGGUGGACAAUCGACCACAGCUAACCUCAGCGUUUCCACCGCCUUGGGCGCCGCCAAUUCAAAUCUAGCGAAUAACUCAAGUGCGAGCGCUGGUGCGGGUGCCGGUGUGGGCACCGCUUCCGCUACCGCAACGGCCACGAAUACCGGAGCGGGCGUCACCACUGCCGCCACCUCGCACGCCGACUCGGAAAGCGAUGACAGCGAAGUGGGGCGUUUGCAGGCGUUACUGGAGGCGCGCGGCCUACCACCACACCUCUUUGGCGCUUUGGGACCACGCAUGACACACAUUCUGCAUCGCACCAUUGGCAAUAGCAGCUCAUCGAAAGCACAACAAUUACUACAAGGCUUACAAUCGCACGAUGAGAGUCAACAGCUGCAAGCGGCCAUCGAAAUGUGCCAAAUGCUGGUGAUGGGCAAUGAGGACACGUUAGCCGGUUUCCCAAUCAAACAGGUGGUGCCGGCACUGAUUACGCUACUGCGUAUGGAAAAUAAUUUCGAUAUUAUGAAUAAUGCGUGUCGUGCACUCGCCUACAUGUUGGAAGCUCUGCCACGCUCCUCGGGCACUGUCGUGGAAGCUGUGCCGGUGUUUCUGGAAAAGUUGCAAGCCAUUCAAUGCAUGGAUGUGGCUGAGCAGAGUUUAACUGCGCUCGAAAUACUGUCGCGUCGUCACAACAAAGCCAUACUGCAAGCCAACGGUGUAUCAGCGUGUCUGACGUUCCUCGACUUCUUCUCGAUCAAUGCACAGCGUGCAGCGCUUGCAAUCACUGCAAACUGUUGUUUAAAUUUACACCCGGAGGAGUUUCAUUUCGUCGCCGAAAGUCUACCGCUUUUGGCUCGGUUACUAUCGCAGCAGGACAAAAAAUGUGUGGAGAGCGUUUGUUCGGCGUUUUGUCGUUUGGUAGAGAGCUUCCAGCAUGAUCCGAAACGUUUGCAAGAGAUCGCCAGCAAAGAGUUACUUAAGAACUGUCAGCAAUUAUUGGUUGUUACACCCACCAUACUUAAUAGCGGCACCUUCACAUCCGUCGUACGCAUGUUGAGUCUAAUGUGCGGCAACUGCCCCGACCUAGCCAUUUCGCUAUUAAAGAAUGACAUUGCAUCCACUCUGCUUUACUUGCUAACCGGUAAUGCAGAGCCCAACACAUCGACUGCGUCGCACGUUGAGCUUAUCACACGCUCCCCAUCUGAGCUAUACGAAAUCACAUGCCUAAUUGGUGAACUUAUGCCACGCUUGCCAACAGAUGGCAUUUUUACAGUAGACGCACUCCUCGAUCGCCCCACACUCAACACUCAGGAUCAAGUUCAAUGGCAGUGGCGCGACGAUCGCGGUACUUGGCACAACUACUCAACGAUAGAUUCACGUAUGAUUGAGGCGGCACAUCUGAAUUCUGAUGAUGAGUUCAGCUUAAGCACACUGGGUCGCACGUACACCGUCGACUUUCACUCGAUGCAACAGAUAAACGAAGACACCGGCACUACGCGACCGGUGCAGCGUAAAAUAAAUCCAAACUAUGUGCCACCUCUCCCACCACCAACGGCAUCUGCAUCAUCAGCAACAGCUGGUCAGGAUCUGUCUGCAUCAGCGGUGGCCACAGCAAUUACGGCUUUAACUAAUACAGUGGCGAGUACAGCGGCAAAUACAUCGACGCAAUCCAGCACACCCAGCACUGCACCAAAUACGCCUGCCACUAGCAGUUCACAACAACGUCGUCGCGCUUCGGUGGAUGCACGAAUUGCUUGCCUUAAAGAGGAGCGCGGUUUGGCUGCAGAGUUUAUAAAGAACCUAUUUAAUGUACUUUACGAAGUAUAUAGUUCAUCUGCCGGUCCAAAUGUGCGCUACAAAUGUUUGCGCGCACUUUUACGAAUGGUCUACUAUGCUACACCCGAACUGUUGAGGGAUGUGCUUAAAAACCAGCUAGUUUCCAGUCAUAUAGCCGGCAUGAUGGGUAGUAACGACUUGCGUAUUGUAGUCGGUGCAUUACAAAUGGCCGAGAUACUAAUGCAAAAACUGCCAGACGUGUUCGGCACACACUUCCGUCGCGAAGGUGUCAUAUAUCAAAUCACACAACUCACCGAUCCCAACAACCCGAUUUGUGCCAAUCCUUCACCGAAAUCGUUACCCGGAGCAAGCGGUUCGCAAAGUGCGCCACCAUCCGCUUCCGGUUUGCAAGUAAAUCCGUUCUUUAUGGACAAUACUGCUUCGGCCGGUGGAUCAACGACAGCCGGUAAUUCAACACCCAAUACGUCAAAACCCGGUGCUAAUCAAGCGCAUCAUCAUCAGUAUACAGUCAAGAGCUUUUCACAUGCAAUGAAUGCUUUAACUGCCAAUGCCUCGGGUGUGGCUGGUAAUGGCCAAAAGGUGACGUUGGCUAUGCCACCCAGCUCUGGUUCGUUGUUAAUGUCACAAAUACCUGCUGCCAAUGUUCAAUCACGUCAGCAAUCCGCUGGCUCUUUAGCGCUUACCAUAAACUCUAAUGCGGGCAUAACACCGCCAGUGACGGUCAUAGGUGCUGCUGGCACGGCGGCUGAACUACAUUAUCACUACAGCAGCUCUGCACCGCCUGCAGCAGGCCCACCCUCACACGCACAUCUAGCACAGACACCCAACUUCUUUGUUUAUUCGACAAGUGCAGCUCCUCCUUUGCCGCCUGGAGAUCCCCGGCAAUAUGCGCAUGGACAUUUCCACCAUCCUCCACCGCACUUCCAGCCACAUGCACCCCCACCACCUACACAUCAUGUUGAACUGCUGCCUUCGUCAUCUAGUGCAUCGGUUAGUGUUAAUCCAACAACAAUAAUAGCACAUCCACCACCUCAGCAGCAUAUGCCACAAGUGGUGUUUGCACCCACAACAAAUGUUUGUGAUCCACACUAUCACAGCAACAGUGCCGUGGCGGCCACAAGCGCAGGAUCCGCGUCUGCGUCAUCCUCGUCCGCUUCAGCGUUGCAACACAAAAUGUCCGACAUGUUGAAACGCAAGGUCCCACCGAAACGGAAAUCUCAAUCAAGUAGUCGUUCAAAGUCGCGUCAAGAUGAGGGCGGCAGUUCGUCCACAUCGUCGAUGCACGAUUUGUUAAGUCGCGCCACAAGCCUUGGUAGCAGCACGGGACGCAGCACACCAAACGCCAGCGGUGGUAAAUCGCGUUUCAGCGGCGGUGGUGCUGCCAGUAGUGCUGGCGCUAGCAGUAGUGGUAGUAGCUCGACAAAGACUUCAUUCCUCGCUUCGUUAAAUCCCGCACGUUGGGGACGUCAAGGAUCUCACCACAGUUCAUUUACCAAAGAUACGGCCAGUACAAAUCACGCAGGCAGCGGCAGCAGCAAUACUAGUGGCGGCGCAGUCAACGCAGCACAUGCUGCUAGUCACAGUGCGAACAAUGCGGCGAAUAGUAUCAGCAAGAGCAUAUCCAAUGCAAACCUCAUUGCCGCCGGCAAUCGUGAGAAGGCACGCCAAUGGGUGCGUGAACAGGCCAUUACGUUUGUGAAACGUUAUGCCGAGCAAGAGAACGCCAAGAAUGAUGGUGCUGCCAGUGGCAGCGGUGGUUCAGCGAGUGCCAUAAGCGGUGGCACUCAUGUACUGCAACGUUUAUCUACUAUUAUCUUUAAGCUCAAUGGUAGUUUCCAAGACUGCUUAGAUGCGCUUCUUGAACUGAAAACUAUUUUAUUGGAAAGUGAUAUCUCACCUUUUGAAGUCAAUCACUCGGGUCUGAUCAAGGCAAUGUUGAAUUUCAUGACAUGCGAAGAUGGCAUAGUGGGUCGCGACAGCCGUUUACGUUCGUUUAUGCAUGUAUUCGCGGGAUUACCACUGGAACCGUUAAAGAAGGUGGGCCAAAUACCAAACAUAGACGCCGUUGCAUUCAAUGCAUUUGUGGCGAAAUUAAACGGCUGCGUCACACAGCUGGAGCAAUUCCCUGUUAAGGUGCACGACUUUCCAUCCGGACCGGGUGGGCGGUCUAACACCAGUGCGCUCAAAUUCUUUAACACACAUCAGUUAAAAUGCAACUUACAACGUCACCCUGAAUGCACGAAUCUCAGACAAUGGAAAGGUGGCACCGUCAAGAUUGAUCCUCUUGCUAUGGUUCAAGCGAUUGAGCGUUAUUUGGUUGUUCGUGGAUAUGGCGGGAUACGCGGCGAUUCCGAUGACGACUCCGAGGAGGACAUGGAUGACAAUGUAGCCGCUGUUGUAAUGUCACAAAGCGGGUUCAAGCAUAAAUUACAAUUCUUAAUCGGCGAUCACGUUUUGCCCUACAACAUGACAGUUUACCAGGCGGUCAAACAAUUUUCACCCUUGGUCAAUGAUCAAUCCGAAACGGAUACGGACACGGAAACGCCACUGGGCAACGCUAGCGUUUGGGUACAGCAACACACAAUUUACUACAGACCUGUGGAGGAAGAGGCGAACUCCAGUGGUGCGGUUGCUAGCGGUACGAGUAGUCUGAACAUUAGUAAACAUAUUGCUGCAUCAUCUUCAGUAGCGGCUGGCACUUCUGGGUCGGGCAUACAUACACCCACAGGGGGUACAGCAUCGACGGGCACAUCCUCAUCAUCGAAAAAGAGUAAUAAAUCUUCGUCCAAGUUGUUGCGCAAGAAAACCGAAUUGUGGCAUGAGGGCAUUGCCCCCGCCACUGUGUCAGCGCUGAAGGCAUUCCUAACAAGCACACUGCCGCCCGAAUUAGUGACCGUGCAAGAUGCUUCAUUAGAUGCGCUCUGUAUGCUGCGUAUCAUUAAUGCGCUUAAUCGACAUUGGGAACAACUUUACGGCUGUGUGCAUAGACAACACAUUAUUCCGCAAUCGGAAUUUGUGCAUCCGAAAAUUACUGCUAAGGCCAAUAGGCAGUUGCAAGAUCCACUUGUUAUAAUGACUGGCAAUCUACCGCCAUGGUUGCCACAAAUUGGUAUGGCAUGUUCCUUCCUCUUCCCCUUCGAGACACGCCAUCUGCUAUUCUAUGCGACAAGCUUCGAUCGCGAUCGUGCUUUGCAACGACUGUUGGACACUACACCUGAUCUGAAUGCGGCCGAGUCGUCGGAGCGUGUGGCACCGCGCUUGGACAGAAGGAAACGUGCAAUAUCACGCGAAGAUAUACUGAAACAAGCGGAGCACAUUAUUCAAGAUGUUGGCCACUCGAAGGCAUUGUUGGAGAUACAAUACGAAAACGAGGUUGGCACUGGACUUGGACCCACAUUGGAGUUUUAUGCCUUGGUAUCAGCUGAGUUACAGCGUUGCGAUUUAGGUCUGUGGAAUGACAGUGAUAGCUACAAACAAAACUCUUCAACCAUAGUGGAUGUAGUAAAAGCUAGCACCAGUGUGCAUAUAGAUGAAGUGAAUGAAGUUGCGACCGUACAAGAUGAUGUCGUUGCUGUGACAUUGACAACAAAUGCAACAGCACAUGCUAAUAACACAACUACAACGGCAAGUACAACCACGGUAACACGCUCCAGUAGCAGGAAUCAUCGUAGCGGUGAUGGCCAACAUGUCAACAGUAGCAGUGGUAGUGGAAUGGGUAUGUCAACGCGUAGUCAUCACCACCCUCAACAGCAGCAGUCAAAUACGGAUCAUAUUGGUGGCACUUCGAUGUCAAAUGAGAAUGCUUUAAAUAUGAUAAUUGAGCAACAAAUAGCGGUUGAUGAGUCACAACAACAACAACAGCAGCAUAAUACUUCACCAUCCAAUGGUCGUGGUAGUACGCCAACCGAAAUUGGCGUGAAUAGCACAUCUGUUGCGACAAUAACAACAAGCACAUCGGUGACCUAUGUCAAUAUGCCACAUGGACUCUUCCCAAUGCCACUAGGCAAAUCAUCGAAGUUACCACAUGUUUCCAAAUCAAAGGCGAAAUUCAAAUUCCUUGGAAAAUUCAUGGCGAAAGCUGUAAUGGACAGCCGCAUGCUUGAUCUGCCUUUCUCGAUACCAUUCUAUCGUUGGUUAUUGAGUGAGGAACAAUCGGUUGGUCUCUCCGAGCUGGCAUGGGUUGCGCCCGAAGUACAAAGCAGCUUGGUGCGACUUCAAGAUGUAGUCCACGAACGUGAACGUAUACUUGCGGAUGCCAAUCUCGAUGCAAUGGAGAAGACUGAAAAGAUUGAAUCACUUGACUUGGACGGUUGUCCCAUAGCUGAUUUGGGCUUAGAUUUUGUAUUACCCGGUUAUGCUAAUAUUGAAUUGUGUCGCGGUGGACGUGAUACGCCCGUAACAAUACACAAUCUGCAUCAGUAUAUCUCAUUGGUGACGUAUUGGUUUCUGGUCGAAGGCGUGCAGAAACAAUUUGAGGCAUUGCGAGAAGGUUUUGACUCGGUAUUCUCCACACAACGUUUGCGAAUGUUUUAUCCCGAAGAAUUGGAGAGUGUGUUCUGCGGUUCCGGUGCUACCAACUAUCAACGUUGGGAGGUUAAAAUGCUACAAGACUGUUGCCGGACCGAUCACGGUUUUACACAAGACUCACAAGCCAUACAAUAUCUAUACGAUAUACUCUCUACGUAUAACCGUGAUGAGCAACGAUUAUUUUUACAAUUCGUAACCGGUUCGCCACGCUUGCCAACGGGCGGCUUCAAGUCACUAACACCACAAUUGACAAUUGUGCGUAAAACAUUUGACGGUAAUCAAAAUCCAAAUGAUUAUCUGCCAUCGGUGAUGACAUGUGUGAACUAUUUGAAAUUGCCCGAUUACUCAAGUCGGGAAGUGAUGAGGCAGAAACUGAAAGUUGCCGCCAAUGAGGGUAGUAUGUCAUUCCAUUUAUCGUAAAUACAAGGAAAUGUAUCGAAAACGAAAAUGGAAAACAUAAAAAACAAUAACAAUAACAAAAACAUGAUACAUGAAACACGUUUUCGUUAAAAUAAGUUUGAAUGGGUGAUAUGAUUGAAACUGCAGUUUAUAUAUUGCUGAUGAAACCGAAAGUAAGAAUUUUAAACUUAACAAAUUUCAAAAGCAGCAACAACAGAUAUGUAUGUAUAUGUAUAGAAACAGACAACAGCAAAAAAGAAAGAAAUCAAACAUAUUCACACACACACACUCGUACCACAUACACUUACAGAGAAAUUGAAAACAUUUUCUUAAUUACUGAAUUCAAUAUAUGAAAUAUGAAAUUAAUUUAACGGAAAAAGAAUAAAUAAAAUAUAGAAUGAGAAUAAAUCAUUGCAACAAUAAUUGGCGGCAAAAUGUUUGACAUGAAACAGAAAUCAACGCACAAUUGCAAACACUUCAUACACACAUAUAUUUGCUAUAUAUGCAUACAUGGAAAAGUAUGUAAGGUGUGGUAAUGUAUCGCCAGCGUUUUGUUUUGACAUAAACUGUAAACGCUCAAAAUGUGUGAGCAUAAAAAGUAAUUUCUUCGAACGAUCGUAAUUAAACUCAGACAUUUCCCCAAAGCGAUUUGGGGAACCUUUUAUGCCGCGCCAACUGCAACAACAACAAUGAAUUACUAACUCAACCCAACGCUGUCAAGUGAUCACGUGAAACUGAUAAAGGCAUUUGUGGCAGCAUAAUUUCCUAGCAAUCUUAUAUAAAUAUAUAUAAAUAUGGAGUAAUCAGUGCAGAGGAAACAUAAAAAAUAAAUUCAUAGAUAAUCAAAGUAAACAUUAUUUUAAUAAAUAGAUUUCUUAAAUUCAUAUUGUUUUCUAAAAAAUUGAGAAGGUGAAAAUGAGUUGAUUUUUUAUGUAGCUUGUUAUAUAAAAGUGCUUCAAAUUUGUUAUUUCAAACCGUUGUAUGUAUGUAGUUAUGUUUAUAUAUUUUUUGGUUAGGUUUUAAGUUAAUUUUUAGUUUUCCCUUAUCAUUUUCUUGUAAUACUACGGAUUUUUUGUGUGGGUAACACAUUCAAAACACAAUAUGUUCUUAAGCAACUCUUCAGGUAAUUUUUGACGUCUCGUUUAACGGCGUACAUGUACAUACAUGCUUACAAAUAGUCUAACAAAAUAUUAAAAAUUGAAUAUACUUAAUAUGUUUAUUUAAACUCAAAAACCAAAAUCUUGCAAGUAAAUAAGUACACUCAUUUGUGUAGUCUUUGUAACGCCCGGCAGUAAGCUUCUAUUAAAAUACACUUAAACUUAACUAAUUGAAAUCGUUAUAAGUCGUAAGUGUAUCGCAGGAAAAUAGUCUUACUAGUAUUUAGUGAUAGAUGAACAGUAAUACGUUUAGUUUACUUAGCCAUUCACCAUGUAACCAUGUAACUGCAGCUAUUCAGCAUACAACAGCGCCAACAACAACAGCAUCAAACAAAUGCUUAUAAUAGAUUAUCAGUUUUCUAACAAAUAACUUUGUAUCAUAAAACUCUUAUUAGAAAUGCGGCACUGUAGUCGAGCGUAGGGAUAUACAAUAUAUACAUAGCAGUACUACAUUUACACACUGCUAUAUACACACAUACAUACAUACAUAUGUACAACCGAUACGAUUUGAUAGAGUAGGCCUAAGUAAAAUAGUGGAUUUGGAGGUCAUAAGCUAUGACGAGAGUGUAUUGAAUAUUUGCUUCUAAAUUACAAACAGUCAAACACACACACACAAACAUAUUGCCGGGUUUUACAGCGCAGUUUUGUUAGUAUGAACUAUUUCACAAAUUAAUGAACACUUGAAUUUCCCACCUGUGUCGCUUCGUCAAUGUGUCGCUAGUAUAUCAUUCAAAGUUUUUGUUGCAUUUUAUAACAUUUUUAUUUGUUCUAUUGAAAUAAUUCAUUUAAACAUCUUUUUUUUUGUCGAAAGCGGUUAAGUUUACUUGUUUUUGUUGUUAUUUUAUGUGUUUGAAAUUAUUAUCCAACUUACCCGCGUCUAGUUAUUAUUAAAUACUAAUUACAUUACGAACUAAUUGAAAAAAGUAAUGAAAAAUAAUUUAAAGUGAAAAGUAUUUCCAGCAAAACUCUUCUAUUUGUCAGUUUAAUAUUUAAUAAGUGAAAUAUCGAUAAUUGAAACAUGGAAAUACGCAUAAACUAUAUGUAUACAUAUAUAAUAUAAAUAUAUAUAUACAUAACUACAUUCAAUGCAUACAUAUACAUAUAUUAAUAAACUGCAUAAAAUAUAAAUGGAAUAUUUGAAAUAUAUUAUUAACUCGUAAUUUAGUCCGUAAACUAUUGCAUAACAUUUAAAAAUUAGUUUAAACAAAUCAAAAAGUGAAAUGUAUUAAACGGUAAAUAAAAAUACAUAAAAAACGAAAUCAAUAACAAAUAUAAUCAAUAUUGAAUUCAAAAAAUAUAUAUGUGGUUUUAUUUUUAUAUAUUUAUUAUAAUUAUAUUGAAUAUGCAAAAAAAUAUAGGCAAACUUGCUAAACAGCCAUAAAGUCGGGAUUAAAAAGCCACAACUUUCUAUACAAUGUUCACUUUGGUUUCUUUAUAGAAAUUUACAUAUCUGUUAGGUUAUAUUCAAAGGCUGACCCACGCGAUGGAGUCGUGAUGGAUCGCACUUGGACAGCUGAAGGAUGGAUAGGUUCGCCGAAAGUAUAGCUACCGAUAUAUUCCACCCUCAGUCUUGCGAACGCUGAACAGUGUAUAAUGAAAUGACUUGGUGUUUCUUCCACCUCCAUACAACUAUGACGGAUACUUAGCCUUAUCCGCGGUGUUCAAUGAGUACUCCUACUAUUGCGACAAGGUGAACAUUUUUGGGUGCACGUGGUUUCGCAUACCUCUUACGUUCUAAUUUGGGCCAAAAGGAUCUCGCAACCGAGCAAGUUUUAGUUGCUAAUCAGAGUUUACCAAGCUUGCUAAAGGUCCAUUGAUCCAGUAUUAGAUUACAAGAGGACAGCGGAGCCCCGACUCGUUCACAGUAUGAUAAUCGAUAAUAACAUAAGACACUCCUAAACUCGAAACACAUUCAGCGAGCUCAGGGCCAUCCCCCUCAGGGCUUCGUCCCCUCCACAUGCCCUGGGCGGCUCCUUCGCUGAGAUUGGUCGCCGCGAGACAAUGGUCUAUUCAUUUAUCUGUUAUCCUUUUGAAUAGUGACGGGUUACAUUUGCUGAUUUUUGUAAUAAGAUCAAGCGUUAUAUUUAAGUAUACAGGAAUACAAAUUUUGGAAAAAUGACGAGCAUAGUCUUAUUUUAGCGCGAAACACUUGAUUCAAAAUUGUUUCAACAUCACUAAAAUGGCUAAAAAUGCGUUUAGAGAUCUGCUCGCUUUGUUUGUUUGGCUUAGUAGAGUCUUUUGACCACACUCGGUAAAAACAAAACCGCGAGUUCGAUUCAAUUGAAAUGAGUAGUUAUCUAUGAGAAAUUACAAAUCAAACUUUUCUUAGGUAUGCCAUCAGGGAAUAAGUAUUUAUCGGAUCACGUUAUUUGUUAAAUACUCCUUUGCAUUAUCACUUCAUAAGUUGAAAAUCACUACAUACAUCAAAAUAUAUUUUGUUUUUGUUACAUCUUUAAUCUCAUUUCCACAUAGCCAUUAAUAAAACCCAUUUAGAUCAUUUUGUAGUUUUAAACCAGUUGAUGUAGCAUUCGAAUCAUUAGCUUUCAGUAGUGGUAGUUGAAUAAACUUAACUUUAAAAUAACACUAAUACUUGUGUGUCAUUUCGAAUAACAACUAAUUUCAUUUUAAGUUGUAUUGAUGUCGACAAGCUACAAGUGACGAUGUAAGAGACAAUACAAUUUAGUUAAAUAUUUUGAAAGAUAAGAGAAUAUAAAAUUACAUUAAAUUGUAAUUAAACUUACAACUCGCAUUCGUGAGUACUCGUAGAACCUCAAAAACUUUAUAUUUUUAAUAAAAGUCGUACAAAUUUCAAUAUGGGAUAUAACGGUGUUCUUCGCUCUGUUUGUUAUGUAUUGUGGGCUAAUAUUUGUAAUAAGUUAUUCAGUUUUGAUGUUGUUAACCGCACCAGCUCAUCGUUUUAAAUGGCAAAUUCAGAGACAAAACAACUCAACUUAAAAGUGUUUGGCAGUUUGCAAAAUUUCAACUGAAGUAUAGUUGAGUUGUAAUUUUCAUGAAUUAUUGAUAUUGACCAAAAAUAACAGAUAGGUUUACAGAUAAUCACCUUUAUUCUUCGAGACAUUAUAAUUGUUUUCAAUUAAAAUUCUAUUUUUCAAUUUCAGCUUUUAAUAUUGUUCAUACCAUUGAUAAGACAGGCACUAAGCAUUUCGCUACUGCUGAUUCUUUAAAGUUCGAAACUCUUUCGAAAAAUGCUUCCACAUGCAUUUUCUUGACACUGAAAGUGUCUUUACAGAAUUGUUUACAAAUUUAAUGUGAAAAGAAAUAGUGGCUAAAUAUUGAGAAUGAGGUCAAAACUAAACACAACAUAGAGCAUUUCAAAACAAUACGAGCAUGCUCGUGUCGAAUUUGGAAACAACGAAUAAAGUUGGUCGGGAAAUGCAAGCAUCACACACUCAUACAUUCGCAGAGCUGAGUGUGAGAGUGCGGUGUGUGAAAAUAGAUAAAGAUGAGGACGAUCGGCAGCAAUGAAAACAACGGUAGCAACAGCUGCUGUAGGAUCGUUG